CUCAUCACCCCAUUUCAAGCCAUCCCCUGUCCUGUUCUUGAGAUUGUGAUAUAUGUUAAUAAACUGCUUGAUACCCUCUUGCCUCACAUGUUCGGCUAAAUCCCGCGUUUCAUCCCAUGAUAAAGGACUGCCUUCACUCAACAGACCCAUCUCCCACGGUACCCAGUAACCUACUGGUCCUUUCCUAACCUACGCUAGCCUCUAUCCUCCUACCAUUUUAUAACCUUGAGCUACAAGGUUUGUUGACGCACUUCAAUCGCUUUGGCUGGAUCAGGCUGUAUUUUCCUCUUUUCUAUAAUUCUUUUUCAUAUAUCCAUAUUUAGUUUUAUAACCUGUAUUAAUUUAUGCAAACGCGUGUUAAUUAUUUGACGAAUAUGGCUCACACAAUUUGCUCAUGGAUUCUUAUAAGUUUGUUUCUCAAUUUUGUGAAAUUAAGGCCCGACAUGAGUUGCGAUUUAUCGUAGAUAACAUAAUCUAUCGAUAACAUCGUGUAAUGUUUGGUAUUAGAUAAGAUGAUUCUUGCUAUUUCAAGUUCUUGAAUAAACUCAUUAAAAGCCCUCCCAGGUUAAUUCGUGUUUGUUUUUUUUCCCCUCUUGCCAUUAGCAACAGUUAUGUUUUAAUUUUGUGCAAUUUUUCGCUUACGUUAACAUUUAGUGUUUGUUUAUGUCUUGACCAAGUGCAGCUUUGAUUACUUGAUGUUUGUGAUAUCCUCUAAUCUUAAGGUAAAAGAUUUUUUAAUUGUUACCAAUCUGUUUAAUUUUAAUUUGGUCUUUAAAAUUGUUGACAAUUCCUUUUUUUAAUUUACAAUAGAGGCAUUAACAGGUUAUGAUGAAUGUUUUAAUUUAUUGUUGUUGUUUUAUUAAUUUUGAUAUCUUGUCUUAUGAUUGUAUAUAACCAAAUAAAUUUGUUUUUCUCUUUUCCAUCUUGUUCCAUAUUUUUAGGGUCCAGAAAAUUUUUAAUAAUUAGUUUGUCAAGGUUUCACUGUUAUGAACAGGUUAUGAAGUCUAGUAGUUUUAAUAUCUUGUUAUUGAUAGCAGAUAACUUCACUAGUGAAAAUAUAUUUAUUUAUUUUUUUUAGCAGUUUGUAAGUUUGAGCAACACGUGCAAUAUUUCCUGAUAUAUUAGUUAAUAUAAUUAGAAUUUGAAAUUCUUUAGCAAUGAUAGAUUUUAUAUAUGUAUAUGUAUUACUUUUAUUAAUCUCUAAAUUUGUUGGUUUAGUGAUCUUUGGAAUCAUGAGUGGGGAAAAGAAGAUUAUUUUGGUUACUGGAGGUAGUGGAUUAGUCGGUAAAGCAAUUCAGAAAGUUGUAAACCAAGAAUCCAAUAAGCAAGAAGAAUGGAUCUUUCUCAGCAGCAAAGAUGGUGAUUUGAGCAAAUUUGACGAAACGAUUAGGCUCUUUAAAAAGUAUUCUCCUACACAUGUGAUUCAUCUUGCAGCUAUGGUUGGCGGGCUGUUUCAUAAUAUGGAUCAUAAUUUGGAUUUCUUUAGAUUGAAUAUGUUAAUCAAUGACAAUGUUCUUCGAGCAAGUUUUGAUUCUGGUGUUGUGAAAGUUGUAUCCUGUUUGUCUACGUGUAUUUUUCCAGAUAAGACGGAAUAUCCAAUUGAUGAAACAAUGGUCCAUAAUGGCCCUCCUCACUCUUCUAAUUUUGGCUAUAGUUAUGCUAAAAGGAUGCUUGAUGUUUUAAACAGGGGAUAUCAUGAACAACAUAAGUGCAAGUAUACAUCAGUUAUACCAUGUAAUGUUUUCGGUCCUUACGAUAACUUUGAUCUCCAUGAUAGUCAUGUUAUCCCUGGCCUUAUAAGAAAACUGCAUGAUGUUAUAAAGAAUGGAGGUAAUAAGUUCACUGUGAUGGGUUCUGGCAAACCAUUGAGGCAGUUUAUAUACUCUUUAGAUCUUGCAAAACUCAUUAUUUUUGUCUUAAGAGAGUAUCAUGAUGUAGAGCCAAUUAUAUUAUCAGUUGAUGAAAAAGAUGAAAUCUCAAUAGCAGACAGUGCUAGGGCAAUAGCAAAGGCGUUUGAUUUUGAUGGAGAAAUUUUAUUUGAUACAUCAAAAGCAGAUGGGCAAUUCAAGAAAACUGCUUCCAAUGCUAAGCUCAGGAUGCUGCUUCCUGAUUUCCAGUUCACACUGUUUGAAGUUGCCAUAAAAGAUACUGUUGAAUGGUUCAAGUCUAAUCAGGAUGUUGCAAGGCUGUGAUUCUUAUUUAUUUAUUUAUUGUUAUAUUUAAUAGGAAAAUUAAAAAAAAUAAUUAAAUUAUUUAUCCUGUUAUUAUGUUUUUAUUUAUAGAUGCAUAGGGAAUGGAUACCCUUAAGUUGCAUUUACCCGUGAAUGUUAUUUAACCCUCGAGACCAAAACUCACAAACGUAAAUAGCCCAGUCAAAUUAGCACAAAAAAAGGAGUCUAUUCUAAAAUCCAUUGAAAUUUUGAACUUAUUUCGCUUUACGCUAAAUAUCUCCUUUUUAAAGAUAAAAAAAUAUGAUAUUUAGUCUUAAACAGCUUAAAAGUAUCUAACAUUUUCGUACAUAAUAUUUUUUUGUAAACCUAACAGGAAGCGAGCUAUCGAGCUUUCAAAAUGAAUAAAGUUUUGAAAAUUUAUAAAAAAACAUGUAUAAUUUUUUUUUUUCUAACUAAUUCUCGGUUUUUAUAGGUGAAAGCUCAACAUUUUAAAUUAAAUAUUGAAGGACACACAAUUUACUACAGCUUUUGUAGGAAACAUACUUUUCUAAACUUAACAACUUAAAUACACAUUGCUAAAAAGAAAUUGAUGUUUUGAAAUUCGAAAAAAUCCUUAUAGUUUUUUUUUUCCUUAUAGUUUUAUUCUGACUGUUUUCCACAUAUUUUAAUGAAAUUGGUCAUUAACAU